CCUCGCAGCAGAUCGCGGGCUCCGGCGCGGGUCUCCAGGCACCGGGAACAGCCUGAGAGGGCAGGAGAGCGCGCCCAGGCCCGGGUCGGGCUCCAGCCGCCUCGGUCUCGCUCCCCUCGUCUCCGAUUCCUCUCCAUGGCUCCGCGGCCGCCGCCGCCCAUGCCGCCCUCCACUUUGGAGGGGCCUCGCGGCAGCGGGUGCCAACAGCCGGUUAAGGACUAAACAGCAGCACCGCAGCCUCUUCGCUGGACCCCUGCACCCUAAGAAAAGCUGAGGCAGGGGAGACAGGAGGCAGGAAGAGUGAACAGGAAGCCGGGCUCUGAUCGCCGCGGAACAGUCCAGCCCCGAGCCGCGGGCGGAGCGCGGGGCGGCGCAGCUGGUUUGCUCUGAGCUCAGGGCUGGCAACUGCGGAGAGGCUUCUCAGUGCCCCAGGCCGGUCCCGCGCACCUGUCCGCGGCCGACACCCGGAUUCACCUGGCCCCCAGCUCCUCUUUCCCCGUCCCAGCUGCUGCAGCCUGAACGGGACUCCGCGGGCCUGGAGCACGGCCGGGUCUAAUAUGCCCAGAGCCGAGGCGCGAUGAAGGAGAAGUCCAAGAAUGCGGCCAAAACCAGGAGAGAGAAGGAAAAUGGCGAGUUUUAUGAGCUGGCCAAGCUGCUCCCACUGCCAUCGGCCAUCACUUCGCAGCUGGACAAAGCGUCCAUCAUACGACUCACCACGAGCUACCUGAAGAUGCGCGCGGUCUUCCCUGAAGGUUUAGGAGAUGCAUGGGGACAGCCGAGUCGCACCGGGCCCCUGGACAGUGUCGCCAAGGAGCUGGGAUCGCACUUGCUGCAGACUUUGGAUGGAUUUGUUUUUGUGGUAGCAUCUGAUGGCAAAAUCAUGUAUAUAUCCGAGACGGCUUCUGUACAUUUAGGUUUGUCCCAGGUGGAGCUCACGGGCAACAGUAUUUAUGAGUACAUCCAUCCAUCCGAUCACGACGAGAUGACAGCGGUCCUCGCUGCUCACCCACCUCUUCACCAUCACCUGCUCCAAGAGUACGAGAUAGAGAGGUCCUUCUUCCUUCGAAUGAAGUGCGUCCUGGCAAAGAGAAACGCAGGCCUGACGUGCAGUGGAUACAAGGUCAUCCACUGCAGCGGCUACUUGAAGAUCAGGCAGUAUAUGCUGGACAUGUCCCUGUACGACUCCUGUUACCAGAUCGUCGGGCUGGUGGCUGUGGGCCAGUCGCUGCCUCCCAGUGCCAUCACGGAGAUCAAGCUGCACAGUAACAUGUUCAUGUUCAGGGCCAGCCUCGACCUGAAGCUGAUAUUCCUGGAUUCCAGGGUGACCGAGCUGACAGGCUACGAGCCGCAGGACCUGAUCGAGAAGACACUGUACCAUCACGUGCACGGCUGUGACACGUUCCACCUCCGCUACGCACACCACCUCCUGCUGGUGAAGGGCCAGGUCACCACCAAGUACUACCGGCUGCUGUCCAAGCUGGGCGGCUGGGUGUGGGUGCAGAGCUACGCCACCGUCGUGCACAACAGCCGCUCCUCCAGGCCCCACUGCAUCGUGAGUGUCAAUUAUGUCCUCACGGAUAUUGAAUACAAGGAACUUCAGUUGUCACUGGACCAGGUAUCCACUUCCAAGUCCCAGGACUCCUGGAGAACCACCUUGUCUACCUCACAAGAAACUAGGAAAUUAGCUAAACCCAAAAACACAAAGAUGAAGACAAAGCUGAGGACACACCCUUACCCCCCACAGCAAUACAGCUCCUUCCAAAUGGACAAACUGGAAUGCGGCCAGCUGGGAAGCUGGAGAGCCAGUCCCCCCGCAAAUGCUCUGGCUCCCCCAGAACAGCAGCUCCAUUCAGAAGGCAGCGACCUUUUGUACACGCCGUCCUACAGCCUGCCCUUCUCCUACCAUUACGGACACUUCCCUCUGGACUCGAAUGUCUUCAGCAGUAAAAAGCCAAUGUUGCCAGCCAAGUUCGGGCAGCCCCAGGGAUCCCCGUGUGAGGUGGCACGCUUUUUCCUGAGCACGCUGCCAGCCAGUGGUGAAUGCCAGUGGCAUUAUGCCAACCCCCUAGUGCCUAGCAGCCCGUCUCCAGCUAAAACCCUUUCCGAACCGCCCACGAACGCUGCCCGGCACAGCCUGGUGCCAAGCUACGAAGCGCCCGCCGCCGCCGCCGCGCGCAGGUUCGGCGAGGACACCGCGGCCCCGCCGCCGCCGAGCUUCCCGAGCUGCGGCCACUACCGCGAGGAGCCCGCGCUGGGCCCGGCCAAGGCCGCCCGCCAGGCCGCCCGCGACGGGGCGCGGCUGGCGCUGACCCGCGCGGCGCCCGAGUGCUGCGCGCCGCCGGCCCCCGAGCCCCCGGGCGCGCCCGCGCAGUUGCCCUUCGUGCUGCUCAACUACCACCGCGUGCUGGCCCGGCGCGGGCCGCUGGGGGGCGCCGCGCCCGCCGCACCCGGCCUGGCCUGCGGCCCCCGCGCCCCCGAGGCGGCGGCCGGCGCGCUGCGGCCCCGGCACGCGGGCCCCGGCGCCGCCCCGCCGCCCGGCGCGCCCCGGCCGCACUACCUGGGCGCCUCGGUCAUCAUCACCAACGGCAGGUGACCGCCGCGCCGGCCCCGCCCAGGGCGGCCGCAGGGAGAAGCCAUAGGCCGGGCCUUCCGGGCUCCGAGCCGAGUCCCGCGGAGGAGGGCGGGCUGUGCGGGCACCGCGGAGGCGACUUACAGAGACCACGGUUAACGGAAUGCAGCCUCCCAGACUCGGACCCAGCGCGGAGGACCCGGGCGCGGCGAGGCUGGGCGACGGCCGCCCGUCCUUGCUCCAAGGGCCCGUCUUCGGGCAGAGCCCAAGGUCGCGACAUCCACCGGGUGACCUCAAGCGAGCGCUCUGCAGGGUCCUGGUCUCUCACCCCGUGCCCGGUGUCGUGCCCCAUAACCGGAGCGGUCAGGCAGGGCAGCGCAUGAACACCGAGGAGGGAAGCCCACCUGGCGCCACGCCUGCGGGUGGCACACGCAGGAGGACGCCCAGGGUUCCCAGGCCCUUUCGAUUCUUAGGUACAGGAAGAACGUGAUCACUGUAAGUCCCAUGAAUAGACAACAACUCCACAGUCUUUAAAAGUCAUUCAUGAUGUUUUUUUAAAAAAUCAAACCUUUCUUCAAUACAAAACAAGCCAAGACCAACCAAGGGGGUGAACAUGCAAGCCCAUCGCGGGUGUGGCCAUGGGUGUGCUUCACAAGCACACUGUCAAGCUCUUACUCCCCCCUUCCCGUUCCUUAUAACUCUUGGUAACACCAGGAAUAGCACCUUCAGAAUAUAUUGAAUAGGCAUUAAAUGCAAAAAAGUAUAUAUAGCCAGAUAUUUUAUGAGAAUGACCUUGUCAAGCUUAAUUCCAUGGAAAAGUCCCUCUGUCCAACACAGAUCUAUAAUUCACUAGGCUCGUGUUUGCUACAAGUAGUGCUAAUGAAGUUAGUUCAAUCGCAUGUGCAAUAUGGAAAGCUGUCAAUGGAACUGCACCUUGCAGAAGAGAAACUUGCUUCAAGGGUGUAAUGAAAAUGAUGUACACAUUUUAAGCAUUUUCUGCAUUUUAUACAUAGUAAGAGAGCUUCUUAUGAAUGUGUCAUGUGUGUAACCGGUGAACAGAGACCCUUUUAUAAAGCACCACCAGUGUUUUCAAAAUAAACUUCCAUUACUUUUGGUUUCAUUUUUAUGAAUUUUUUUUUUCUCUUAAAGAUGUCACCAUUGAAAAGAACCUAUCAUGGAUCUGACCUGGGUGGAUGCAUUGAACUACCACCUUUCAAUUGCUCCACACUAGCAACAACUGCAUCCCUUUGCUGCUUUUUCAAAACUUGUUAGGAAAUUUUUCCACCCUUCUGAAUGGAAAGGUUUUCACAUGCUUUAAAUUCAUCCUUCUAGAAUCAAAGUGUAAAUGCAUAAAGUGCUCUCUCAAUGUGAACUGAUCUUUUGCCAACCCCGUGUCAGUGAGGACCCUAUGUAAUCUCUACAGGGUAUCAGUUGGCCUUAUGGUAUGGAAGUUAAAAUUUGCAAAUUUAGGAACAUGUGUCAUGCAUGAGGCGAGUGGAUCACAGAUGGAUGCACACACUCUCUCCUGCACUAGCUGCACCUCACUAGCUGCUCUGAUGGGAGUGUGUGCACACAAAAUAAGCCAAGGGUAUUCUUUUUUAUGCUUGCAAGUCUCAUAGUUAAACCAUGAUUCUUGGAAGGUUUAGAUUUGAUUAAUGGGAGACAUCAACGUUUUUCCAUAAAGUACCACAAAAUGUUUUAAUGUCUACUUGGAUAUUAACCAUUGGGGCUGUAUUUAGUAAACACAAACCAUGAAGCCUUCUGGAGUAGGUUAAUAGUAAAGGUUACCCGUGAGGAAAAUAGCCCUGCUGUAGAUUUACAAAUGACAGUGUGAACAGGCUUAACCAAGAGUGUGCACUUACAGGUAAAAAUGUGUGCUCGUGGAAAAUUCCUCGUCUGAACAAAUAUCACAGUUUUCACAGCCUAGAACAGGAAGGAGGAUUCCUCCCAAAGCCCCUUUCAAGACGGCAGGGGCUCAGGGCAAAGUUAGCAGGCAGUUACCACGGCAACCUAAUAUUGUUACUUCCAUCUUCAGGAGUCUGCACACUGAAGCCGGCACGGUUCCCCGACUUCAGCGAGGCUCCAGCAGGGGAAGAGGAAGCAUUUUAAUAAAUAUGCCUCCCUUUCACAAAAAAAGAAGAAAAAUCGUAGUGGGCCCUAACAUGUACCAUGUUGACAAAAAUACCAGAUCAAAUGGAUUUGAGACAUAAGCCCAAUUCAAGACUGGCCUGGCCCUCCACGGGGCCUCCCAGGGAAAGGAAUUCCUUUAUAUUCUUGGAAGCCCUUUUCUAGAAAAGCCAUUCCAUUCAUACCUCUGCAGGGAUGUGAGCGGGUGUGAAGGGCCCUGAGGAAAUCUGUAAGAGCCUAUGGCCCCCACCCCCACCCCUUUCAUCCCUUUAAGUCCUGUCAGCCGCCUCCCUCCCUCCCACCUAAGGCGGGGAGAUUUCCAGCAGUCCAUACAUAAAAUUUAUUGGAACUGUACACUGAAGUAGACUGUGGGGGCUGCUUCUGAUAAAAUGGAAGCCAAAGACCAUUUUCAGAUAAAUGCCAUAAAAUUACAGUAGCUUGAAAUUUUGGUGAGUCAUAGCCCUUUGGUUAUCUAAAAUGCAUGGUUCAAUGUGUUCCUAAACUUAGGUAUGCUACAUAAGGUUAAAAUCUUGGAGGGAAAGCUUUUGACCAAAGUUGAACAGUUUUCACAGAACAGUAAGGAAAGUUCUAAAAGAACAGAAUCUGGAAGUUGUUACAUUAGAUUUAUUUCUCAUCUCCAUUAAAGUUUGUCUUUUUUUAACUUUCUGGUUUUGCUAAUUUUUUUCUUCGGAAUAAUAAGAUUGCUCUUUUGUCAAAAAUACAUAAAAACAAAAACCAUCAAGCCUCUUAAUACUUAG